AUGUCCGACGCACCCCCGGAGACCCAGGCACCGCCGGCCGACCCCUCCAGCGCGCCCUCCACGCCCGCGGCGUCCGGCAUGGCGCCCGCGGCCGAGGCCGACCUCCCGGCGGGGGCCCAAAGAGAAGGCGACACGUACGGACUGAUUUUGCCGUUUGGGCGGGUAAAGAGGUUGAUGAAGCAGGAGGGGAAUGUGAAGGCAGUUACUGGAGAGGCGAGCUACCUUGUCGCACGAGCAGCGGAACUGUUUCUGGACAGACUGGCCGAGAGGGGUGGGAGGUUGAUGGCAGCAGACAAUCGCAAGGUGCUGCUGUACAAGGACGUGGACAGUACAGUCUUGGGAGCCACUGGAGUUCCUUAA